AUGUCUUAUCGAAUAAUAAAAAGGAGGGAAGAAAAUAAUCUAACCAGAGAUAUAGGAAAACAAUCAAGUAUAAAUCUCCAAAACAAACUAACAAACAUCAAAAACAACACGAUUCAAAGUGUUGCACAUCUAUAUAAUAUUGUUGAUUUCAACACAAACACCAUAGAUGAAACAAUUACAAACAACCUUGCAGAUUCUAUACAAGAAGUUGUCAAUUGGUUCGAUAAUAAUUAUGACGAUGAUGUUAACAAUAAUAAUUCUGAAAUUGGAACUACCUAUUAUAUAAAUCAUUUAAAAUGUCAUAAUAUUCUUACAUCUGAUAAAAAAAAUGAUGGUAAUUUUUUUGAUAUAACUUGA